CCUUUAACGAAGCGUGAAUGGGUGAUUGCCAACUCUUUCUACACGUGUGUCUGUCAAGUCUGAGACUUUUGCCACACUGGGGUUAAUAAAGAUAUAUGGUUGCCUUAAGGCGCGGUUUCUAAAUUUUCUGGUAUAGAAGCAUUUGACUCUGAGUGGACGUCGAACUUUCCUCCUCGUUUUGUUUGCUCGCCUGCAGCAUUUGGCGGCUUGCAGCUCCAUAGCAACGAGGCGAGGCGCGCGAGGCCGGCACAGAACUACAAUGUGUGCGCGCUUGUCUACCAGGCACGAAGACACCGCUGACUUCAAGCUCCCGUUUCUCGGCAAUGCUCUGAGUGAUUUUUCCGAAGCUAAAAAGCGAGUGGAAGAGAGAACACCAGCGCGGUGAAUUAAUUUCUACGUUAAGAUAUGCAUGGCUGAUUAUUCGUUUGCUGCAGCCAAACAGUGUGGGUUACAGUAGCUCCAAUAAGGUGACUUUUUCAUAGCCAUGAGAAUGUGGGUGAAGAUUCUUACUGAUGAGCCUCCUGACAUCAGUUGUGAUAAUUUUGAGGACUGCUUGGCUGCAGAUGAUAUGUUUGUUGACUACUUUAAUGAGUUCUUAAGCCUUCCGCAUUUUUUUGAGCCUGUCAGAUUCAAUAAAGACAUUGGAGCAUUUGAAAUUGUCAAUGAUGCAGAGGAGGCCCUAACUAAUAGGGUAAAAGCCUUACUUUACAACUAUAAACCAAAGCAUCCUGUUUAUGAUGUGAUUAGAAAAACAACAAAACAAUUUCUUCAGCUAAAACCAGAACCAAAUCCUGAACUUGAGAUUAACAACAGCUAUAUUGUUAAGACUUUGGAGCGUGAACAAGGGCUUGCUUGGGUAAGGAAAGAAAGGCUUCCCUAUUUUUUACAAAGUGACUGCUACUUUGAAUACAGGAUUGCUAAGUUGCUUUCUCAAGUGGAAUGCAGCGCUGCAGGAAUGAAGUUGCAGAUAGAUUCAGGUUAUCGUCCCUGGUCUGUGACAAAAAAAAUUAGCCCCCCUUCCUCGUCGGAAGGUGAAAUGGAACUGAUUAUGAGGAAGUACUAUGCCUCUCUUGGUCAGGCCUCAUUUACUCAGAGCAAAGAAUGGUUUACAUUGGCAAAAGGAGACCAAGAAAUGGUUACCACGCAGUCCUUGCAGAUACCUUUAACCUCUAUUCAGAUGCAUGAAGAUUUGUUGCUUCAUCAGAAAAAGUCUCGCCACCAUAGUAUCUCAGAGAGUCUUGGCAUGGAGUCAGUUGAGGAGGUCACAAGUAGUGUGGAUGAAGAUUUCAGCACUGCAGAUUCUUUUAAAGGCAGCAGGAUGGUCAGCAGCUACCAAUCUAAGAAAUCUAAGAGUAUAGAUGAUGAAUGCUUUGCUUCUGUCCCAGAUUCUCCUUCUCAUGCACCACACUCAGCAUUUAUGGAAUUCAGAUCAGAAAGUGCCAUUGAAGCUGAGAAGCCUACACAGCUCUCUGAAGAAAAGAGCUAUAAAACGGAAACCCAGAGUGUUUUUGUGGAGGAGAAUGCAUAUGUAUCAGAACAUGAAAGUUUACAUAGUGCUGAAGUGUGGAGCGAUGAAGAACUGGAAGAUGUUGAUGGUGAAGCUUAUGAUGAUGGCCAUAAUAUAGGACCCAAAUACUACAAAUUUCUUACUCGAAAGGCAGUUGAAAAGUUUAAGUCUUUCCUACAAGGAACUCUGGGUGAGAAAUAUUGGCAUCUGUGGAUGGAUAUUGAAAGGUUAAAGGCUAUUAAAGACACAAGAUGGAAAUACAGCCAUUUGCGCAAGUUAAAAAACAACUAUCUGAUGAGUAUUGGGGAGCAUUUCUUGACUAGUGAAGUUCUUUCAAGGCUGACCCUUUCCUCAUCCUCUCACUGGACAGAGAAACGUCUUAAUGACAUUCAACCAGAAGUCACCAAACAACUUCUUUUAUAUUGGGGUCCAAGGUAUUACAUAACUCAGUUUAUUCCUAAUAGAAAUGCAAGUGCCAUGUUGAAAUUGUGGAAGGAGAGACAGUUGCGGCCCAAAAUCAACAUUGAUCCCUGUCCACCAACUAUAACUUUGCUGCCUCUCAGAGCAAAAUCCUGUAUACCAAAAAGUAACUUGACAUCAUUAACAAAGACAUUGAAUGUCAUACAAAAGAGGGGAUCAGAAAAAUCAGUAAGAUCAGGUAUAUCUACACCAAAGCCCAAAGAACUGUUAUCAAUUAGCUUGGAAACAUCUAAAAGUACCUUGAGUCCAAUUUUAAGCAAAAUUAUUUCUAAAUCAGGAGUUGUCAAGGAGCGACAAAGGAUACACUCAGCAGGUAGUCUAACAUCAUGUUCCUUUGAGUCAACAAUCAGUUCCUUUUCUGAAUCCAGUAAAGAUUCUAAAGAGGACCUUUCAGAAACACUAUCAAUUCAAAGCAAUACAGAGAGCCCAGUACUUGGAGGGGCUCAAAUGGAGAGGCUGCUUCAGGCUCUUUAUCAUGAUCCAAGAGCUGGAUAUUUUUUCACAGACUUUUGCAUAUGUUCAGGGAACAAGCUUUGGAAGAAUGGAGUACAUUUUUGGUUUGACCUUCAGGAAUACCACAGACUAUUUUAUCAGGAAACCUUCAGUCCUUUUAAGCUAGGACGACAGUCGCAGUUUUUGUAUUCCACAUACAUUCAAUUUGGUGGACCAAUGGAUAUUGCCAUUGACCUGGAGAGUCAGUACACCAUGUACCAGAAACUAGACCCACCUUUUGAGGAUCUUUUUGACAUAGCUGAGGAAUACAUUUUAACAAUGCUCUUGAUACCAUGGAUGCAAAUGUUAGAAUCUGACAAGACAAACUUCAAAAAGCAGGUAGAACUGAUGGAAGAAACACGUUAUCUAGAUUCAGUCUACUACAGAAAACUUCAAGCACUCAGACAAAAGAGUGCAAGUCUGCAGAAGCAAGGCAGUAGCACACCUGAGCCAGGUCUAUCAGAGUCGCCAGCUCUUUCAGAACGCAGCUUGUGGGGUGAUGUCCCAGAGCAGUUUAGAAAUGUUAAUCUAAACACUCUGUUGCGUAACCGAACAGAACUGGAACAUUUCAGUAACUUCUUACCAGAAGGAGAACCCAGUACGGACUUGAGGUGUUGGAUGGACAUUGAACAGUAUCGAAGAAUGCCUCACAAAGAUAAGACAAAAAGAGAAGAGAAAGCCAAGGAAAUAAAGAACAAGUAUAUGAACAAAAAGUAUUUCUUUGGCACAAACAGUCCAGCUUCCCAGGAUCAACAAAAACAGGUGAAGCACUUGGCAGGGGGUGCUGGGAAGAUCCUCAAAGAAAAAAUGUCUGCUCCUGCUUUAGUAGAGGUACAGAAGCAUGUGCAAAAUCGCAUUGAGAAAAAGUGGCUGCCUCAGUAUCUGGCCACUCCAGACUUUUCUGAGAGGCAAAAGAAUAAGCUGGAAAUGGAAGAUGUUGAUGAAGAAGAAGAGAGUCAAGUUCCUAAAAGUAAAAAGAAAAAGGAAGCAUGGAAGGAUGUUGACAGUAAAUUGAUUUCUUCAUCUAAAGAAGCCAUUGCCUUCAGGAAAGCUCUGUCAAAUAAAGCCACCUGUCAACAAUUCCAACACUUUGUAUCAUUAAAGGGUGAUUAUUUGGAAAAUGGGGUUCUGUUCUGGCUGGAAAUACAGAAAUACAAGGACUUAUGCCAUUCCCACUGUGAUGAUGCUGUUAUUCAGAGCAAAAUUACAACUAUCGUGAACUGCUUUAUUAACUCUAGCGUCCCACCUGCACUGCAAAUUGAUAUCCCCCCAGAGCAAGCAGAAAGGAUCCUGUUGAAGAGAAGAGAACUAGGUCCUUAUGUUUUCCAAGAAGCAGAGACAACUGUUUUUGGCGUACUAUUCAAACUCUGGGGUGACUUUUGUAACUUUAAAAGCAAUGUUGAAGAACAAAAGGUGUUGCCGACUCUUGAAAAGAAAAAAGAGAAGCAUUUAGAGAAAUUGAAGAGAAAGAUGAAAGAAGAGGAAAAGCGAGCUAAGGGUCAAGGGGAGCCACAGCCUAUCCCGGCAGUAUUUGGUGCAGGGCAGGAACCAGCCCGGGAUGGGAAGGCAGUCCAUCGCAGGGAAGUAAAAGAAAGCAGGAAAAAGGCAAUCAUUGCUGAUGAUUUAUUCGGUGAUCGUGAAAGUAUACAUAAUGGCAGCCUUUUGGGAGGACAUGCAUUAAAAGAUUUUGGACAUGAUGCUUAUAAUUUACAAAUGUCUUGGUCAUACUCAAAAUACAUGGAGGCUUUAGAACAGGAGAGGUUAUUAUUACAGAUGCAUAGCGAGCAAGAGAGAGCAUCAUCUACUCUGUCUUCAAAUCCAGAGACAUCAUCAGUCCACAGCUCUAAGUCUGAAGGCACCAGAAGGACAAAACAAUCAACUGUGUCAAUUAAACCUCAUGGCAUGUCCCUAGUAUCCUGAAGGAUGUUUUCUGGACAGUCCAGUCAAAUAUAUUUUUAGGGCUGGAUGUCCUUAUUAGUAUUUACUGAAAAAAGCCCACAAAGAAUGUCACAUUCCUUUUUUUUAAUAUUUGCUUUACUAGGAAUUAUUGUGCAUUUGAAUUGCUAUUCCCAAUAGAGACUGAUUACAGAGUAGACUGAUAUACCAUAAACUUGGUAUAGUUGAAUGAACUCAGUAGCCUUUUGUGCAGGAGUCAUUCAGUUGUCUAGGAGCAUUUGUAUUAAAACUAAAGUUACCCAAAUGCUGGAAAUGAGUUUGCAAAUGUGGGUAUGUGGAUUUAAAGUAUGAAGUACUUUAAAUACAGAUCCACCUCCUCUUACUGGCAGGGGCAUAUCUUGUGACUAAUUUACUUAAGCUUUAAUUACUUACUUUUAAAAUCGAGACAGUAAAUUUCACUCAUGCAACUAUCUUCUGCUAAACCUGCCUUAUCAUUUCUUUCUUUUUUGUUCUCUUGAAUAAUUUUCCUGGUACUCUUUCCUACACUAAUAUGAUUUUUCUAUUUAAUUGCUAUUCAAAGACUGAUCAUUUUGGCAUAUAUAGAUGUACCAUGAAUAUCUGGUGCUAAGUGUUAGUUUUUUGGGUGUGUAUUAAAUACUUUCUCCCUUAAUAGGCCAAGCUAAAAUAAUCAAAGUUCUUUCUCUCUUUGUGUGUCUCUCUCUCUCUCUUUCUUUCUCUGUCUUGUGAGUGGAUUUUGAAAAACAUUCAAACCCAACUCACCGUUGCACUCCCUUUUUCUUUUCAGUAACUGAAUGCUUAAUCCUUUUCAGCCUGAUAGAGACUGGAGGCAGGGUGAUAACACCUUACCUUGGCUUGUGAGAGUACAACGGUACUUUCUGACUGCAUCUUCUUGUUUGCUGGUAUAUUUUCAUUCCGUUAAGCAUCAACUGGUCUAACUAUACUUCUAAUGUUAAUUAUGGAAAACAAAUGUUGCAUUUUUGUUACUUUUAAAUGUCUUGCAAAGGGCAAUAAUCUGAAAAAAUUCUGUGAGAGCUCAGAGUUCACCAGGCCCUCUGAGAGGCAAGUACAAGCAUUCUGAGUUAUAUCAGAGUACCUCUGUUGAUGUGUAUAACAUUUCCUACAGCUAAUUUAAAAUGUUCAGCAACAUUGAUUUUUGAGUAAAAUAAAGUAAAUUAAUGAA